AUGGGUGAGAGUAACAGGAAGCCGCAAAUUGUUCUUUGGUUGGAAGGACGAUUUGAAAGAAUGAUGAAUGGACGGGCCGUGAGGUCCGUUCUUAUAAGGAACAACCGACAGGAAAACGGAUCAGUUGAUCAAGUGCCGCGAUCAAUUCAAUUCGAUGAAAGCUCUGAAGAGUACCGAUGCCUCUGCAACUGCUUCCAUGUCAAAACGGGUGCAUUCAUUAUUGGCUGCGUCCAUAUUCUAAUGAUUCUCUUCUUCCUCAUCCACUCUUUGUUCGUCUAUUUUCAACAUGACGGACGCUUGCAACAUGCGCGUGGUGUAAAAGAAAACUAUGUAUUCGGAUCAUUCCUCGCUGAAAUGAUUGGGCUUGGCAUCGGAUUCGUUGCAGUUUUCCUACUUUUUGUGGCAUUGUCGCGUAAUUCGGCACUUCUUGUUGUGCCGCAUUUGGCUGUUCAGGCUCUUGCUAUAAUCUGCUUCCUAUUGGUAUUAAUUAGCGGCAUCAUUGCCCUUUGUACCGAUUCCGCCGUCUUCUACCGUCUAAUUAAUGCGGCUCCUUUCAUGGAGCACCCUAGUACCAAUACAGUUGCAUUAGAUACUGGAACAAUGGUCCGAAUUUACGCUCUUCUUAUUAUCUACGCCAUUUCGCUGGCUUUGGAGCUUUGGUUCAUCGUGGUGAUUUACAAUUGCAACCGUUAUCUUGAUGAGCGCAAUGAUUAUAUGAAAUAUUGUUUGGCAUUCAGCACCCCGAUGAAAACGCUUUCCGCAAGAUGA